AGCUCUUAAGUCUAGCGAUAAUGAAGUAGACGUAGAAAUUUGCGAUAGGAAGCAUAGCGUUAUCUUUCGAGUGUCAAUCUUUAAUUAAAUAAACCGCCUGGCUCAAACAAUUUUUCUUUUUACUAACCUGCUGGAGACUUCAGUUGUCAGUUGUGCAGUCAAGAUGUUGGCCAGAGCGAUGAAAGAUAUUCCCAAGUUAUCGUCAGAUUGGAGACCCAAAGUCCUAGUGACUCACUGUGAGAUUCCCCAAGCAGGAUUGGAUAUUCUGAGAAAGAAGUGUGAUGUGAUCCUCACCAAGGGACUGCCUCAGCCAACCCGAGAAGAAGUCCUAAGGCUCUCAAAGGGAGUUGAUGGGAUUCUCUGGGCUAACCAUGAAAAGCUCAAUGCGGAAGCUCUGGAUGCAGCUGGACCCCAGUUGAAGGCUAUCUCGACAAUGUCAGCAGGGAUUGAUUACGUGGACAUCCCGGAAGUUAAGAGGAGGAAUAUUCCUCUCGGAUACACGCCCACAGUCCUCAAUGACGCUGUCGCGGACAUUGCAGUGGGACUGGCUGUUGCUGCCGGACGUCGAUUUCAUGAGGGACAACUGAAGAUUGCCUCCUCGGAAUGGGAAAGGAGGCCUCAAUGGCUUCUCGGAUUGGACAUCAGGGACUCCACUGUGGGACUAAUCGGGCUCGGAGGAAUUGGUCAGGCAAUAAUAGAACGUCUACGAGGAUUCAAUGUCGGGGAAUAUAUCUACACAUGCCGCAAUCCCAAACCAGAAGUUGCAGAGAAACUCAAAGCAACUUACGUAUCUUUCGAUGAACUUCUCCAGAGGAGCGAUUAUGUUUUCAUAGCCUGCCCUCUUACCCCGGAAACCAAGUACCUAAUCAACAGAGAUGCCUUAGCUAAAAUGAAGCCCACUGCCGUGCUCAUUAACGUAGCCAGAGGAGAAAUCGUCGAUCAAGAGGCACUUUUGGAAGCCCUUAAAAAUAACAAAAUUUUCGCAGCAGGACUUGAUGUCAUGACACCGGAACCACUGCCUGCUGAUCAUCCACUAUUAGGACUUCCAAAUUGCUUUAUCAUUCCUCAUUUGGGUUCAGCAACCGUCCGGACUCGAAGUGAUAUGGCCACAGUGGCUGCUUUGAAUGUACUACAGGGAUUAGCCGGCGAACCCAUGUUCUCUCCAGUGCCUUAAAUUCCAAUCCAAAAUGCUCCAAAUCACCACACCUUUUUCACACUUUCACCUAAAAAAAAACGCAAAAUUGCGCCAAAAAACUCUCCCCAGUUAAAAUUGCCCAACAAAUAAUGUUUCUACUUACAUACCUUUUUUGGAAAGGAUGGGAAGGAUAUUCGAAUUCAGAAGGAUUGUCCGAGGUUUGUCCUAGGACGUUAUAUUGUUCUAUUCUGCUCCAGGAAGAAAAAUUAAGUGUUUUAUUGCUUUAGUAUUAUUCGGUAAUAUUAAAUAUCACGUCCUCAAACAUCUUAAAAUUAAAAAAAAACUUUUAAUAAAGAUUAAAAAAAAUUUCUUACUUUUAGCAUUUAGCUUAUUUUGCAAUAAAAUAUAUAUUUUUCAAAUCUGAAGUUCAACAAAA